UCCUGGCAUCCAUCAUUUGUGGUGAAGGUUCUAAAACAAUAGCACCUCAAAUCUUCACACUCUAUCACCUGCUACCCUACACCUAAAUUCAUUUCGGCCUAUUCCUCUAAACUUCCUAAAUCUCCAAGCAAUCAAGAUGGUUGUCGCGGUGAAAGUUUUUAAGAAGACCACCCCCAAUGGAAAAGUGACGGUUUACCUCGGCAAACGCGACUUCAUUGAUCACGUGGAUUACUGCGACCCUGUCGAUGGAGUGGUGGUUGUCGACCCCGAAUACCUGAAAGGAAGGAAAGUUUUCAGUCAGCUCGUUACCAACUACCGCUAUGGUAGGGAGGAGGAUGAAGUGAUGGGAGUGAAGUUCUCCAAGGAGAUGGUGAUCGGGAACGAGCAAGUGGUUCCGUUGGUCAACGCCAAGAUGGAAUUGACACCGGUGCAGGAGAAGCUCCUCAAGAAACUUGGACCCAACGCCUACCCCUUUACCUUCAACUUCCCUGAAAUGGCCCCUAGCUCGGUUACUCUUCAACCAUCCGAAGAGGACCAAGGAAAGCCCAUGGGAGUGGACUACUGCGUCCGAACGUUCGUAGCUGAAAACGAAGACCAAAAGAGCCACAAGCGUAGCUCCGUAACUCUUGCCAUCAAGAAGCUGCAACACGCUCCGGCUUCUCGCGGCCGCCGCCUGCCGAGCUCCCUCGUGAGCAAGGGUUUCACCUUCAGCAACGGGAAGAUCAACCUGGAGGUGACCCUGGACAGGGAGAUCUACUACCAUGGCGAGAAACUAGCAGCCAAUGUGAUCGUCUCCAACAACUCCCGGAAGUCGGUCCGCAACAUCCGCUGCAUGGUGGUGCAGCACGUCGAGAUCACCAUGAUCAACUCGCAGUUCAGCCGCCAUGUUGCCUCGCUGGAGAGCCGCGAGGGCUGCCCCAUCACCCCCGGAGCCAGCCUCUCCAAGACCUUCUACUUGGUCCCAUUGUCUCGCACUAACAAGGACAUACGAGGCGUGGCUCUGGACGGGCACCUGAAGGAAGACGACGUGAACUUGGCCAGCUCCACCCUGGUAUCCGAGGGCAAGUGCCCGGCUGACGCCAUCGGUAUCGUCAUUUCUUACUCCGUCCGUGUCAAGCUGAACUGUGGCACUCUCGGCGGAGAGCUCGUUACUGAUGUGCCCUUCAAGCUACUGCACCCGGCUGAAGGGACUGUGGAGCGUCAGCGCUUCAAUGCCAUGAAGAAGAUGCAGUCGAUCGAGAGACAUCGCUACGAGAACUCUCUCUACACCAACGAGGAGGAAGACAACAUCGUGUUUGAGGACUUCGCUCGCCUCAGGAUGAACGAGCCCGAAUAAACAAUUGACAACAACCAAAAAAAAACGUAAAAACAAUCUAAAAAAGUACAAAAAUAUUGCAUAAUCAAAGAGUUUAUAUUUAUGUAUAGAAUUAACCAUGCCUUGAAAAUUGUAAUCGGGAUAUAAAGUUUUCCUUUUAUACACGGCUGAUAAUGAUAUUCUUAUUCAAAUUAGGUAGAUUUAUUUUAUCAUAAUCUAUAAAUAUUUUCUUAUUUAUUUUAUAAAUAAUAAUAUGUACUCACUGUGCCAAAAUUAUCUACAGCUUCCAGCUAUUUAUAAUACAUUAAAAUUACACCUGAAAAA